GUUCUUGUCCGCCAUAGUUGUUGAAAAAAAUUUUGUAUCUGCGCUUCAUCAGUACGCAAAGAAAGCGUUUUUGCGGCUCGCAGCGGUGGAUCAUUUGUCGAACGAGUAAGCCGCGCAUUUGCAGCGUUAACCAUGGCCGACAAGAUAGACAUGUCCUUGGACGACAUCAUCAAGAUGAACCGCAGCCAAUUCCGCACGACUCGAGGCCGUGGCAGAGGCCGCGGUCGAGGCGCCGGUGGCUUCGCUGGACGCGGGGCGGCACGUGGAUUUGGAGCUGGUGGAGGAGCUGUUCGAAGAGGCACGCUCAGAGGACGCGUCCGUCAACAGCCCUAUGCAAGGAGCUUCACACAAACCAAAGAGCUUCCAGACCGGUGGCAACACGACAUGUACGACGGAGUGGGCGGCCGACGUGCCUUGACUGGCGGCCUCGGAGGUGCUGGCAUGGGCCCCUCCAAGCUGCUCGUCUCCAAUCUGGACUACGGUGUGUCCGACGCUGACAUCAAGGAGUUGUUCGCCGAGUUUGGUCCUCUGAGGAAGGCAGCCGUGCACUACGACCGUUCUGGCCGUUCGCUGGGCACGGCCGAUGUCGUCUUUGAACGACGCACAGAUGCCGUUCGGGCAAUGAAGCAGUACAACGGCGUGCCACUCGAUGGCCGACCCAUGAACAUCCAGCUGGUCACUUCAGCGGUCGGUGCGGCUGCGCUCUCUCCAGCAUCACGACUUGGCUAUGCAGCCACAGGAGGCGGUGGAGCCGCUGCACAGCGUCCUCGUGGAGGUUUCCGGGGCCGUGGCAGGGGCAGAGGCGGGCGAGGUGGCAAUGUCCAACGCAAGGUCCCGACCGCGGAAGAACUGGACGCAGAGCUCGACGCGUACGUCAACAAGAUGGAGUAGUGAGGCACCCUUCCCAGAAGCACAUCCCGAUCCUUGUGUCAAGACGACCAUUGUGUGUGCUUAGUUGAAGAGCAGGACUUUCAUCUUUUUGUUUUGUGGCUCACACAUCGCGCAAGGAGGCUUAUAGCAUUUUUAGAGCAGGCAGCAUGGCGAGUGACUGAAGUGCAGGCCUGCUUUCUAGCUGCACUUGUGUAGUUGCCAUGGAGACAAGCCACCGCCUCUGUAACGCAGAACUGUGCUUUGUUUACUUCUUGUGCUGCCAGCGAUUUAGAUAGCAAUCCAUAACUUCUGGACUCCAGAGACAAAAGGAGACUGUUACAGCUUCAGUUUUUGUUUCGUUUUUUUGUUGAGAAAAACAAAGCUUGCUUCAUUUCAUAACUUCAUGUGCAUCACCUCAUCGCGUCAUUAAUCUGAAGCAGCCAUCAACGGACACUCCUCAUGGUUCAUGUGUGCAGCAUUGCAUGGGGGAAACUAAGCAGUGCACGCACAGUUGUGAAUUUUUACCUUUUCAAGUUCACUCGACCUUUUCUCAUUUCCUCUGUGAGCCUUCAAAGAAUAAACGUUUUUUUUCUGAAGA